AUGUGGAAACCAAUUUUGAAGAAGUUUGCUAUCAUUGCAACUUUUUUGACGAUAAUAAGUAAUAUCUUGAUUUUUACCUACCCAUCGUUACACCCAACUCGAUGUUCAUGGAGAUGCUCCACAAGGACUAAUGAAAUUGAUGUUUCUAGCCUUUCCUUGUUUGAAAGAAUCACAUAUUAUUCGAACAGGUAUUUUCAUGAUGUUAAGGAACAACUAUUCAAUGACAAUAAGGGUGAAUUGAAUGUUGACGAUGAAGACGACAUUCAUCUAUUGGCAUUUGGCGACCCUCAAAUUAAAGGUAUCUGGCAUAAUACUCCAUACAAAAGUCGUCUAGACAUUUAUGGUAAUGACUACUAUUUGGGGCAUAUAUAUUCCAUGAUGCAAAGAAGAUUACACCCCUCCCACGUAGCCAUCUUAGGUGAUCUGUUUUCUUCACAGUGGAUUGGUGAUUCUGAGUUCUUCAAUAGGACAACAAGAUAUAUGAAUAGAAUUUUCAAGAGAGACACUACAACUUGGUUAAAGGAUUUGAAAGAGAGGGAACAUGAUGAAAAUGGUCAAUAUAGAGUGGAUUGGAGUAAAUGGGCAGAUCAAUUCAAAGCAAACGCGGCUUCUAAAAACUUCUCAUUUGGAUAUAAUGAUGUUUAUUCAUGGGAUCCAGAAAACGAAAAUUAUUUAUUUAUUAAUUUGACUGGGAAUCAUGAUGUCGGAUACUCUGGGGAUGCCACUUAUCAGCAUAUGGCCAGAUAUCAUGAAGUAUUUGGUAAAGAUAAUUUUUGGAUCGAAUAUGAAACAGAUACAAACCAUCCCUGGAGAAUUGUUGUAUUAAACUCCUUACUCCUGGAGGGACCUGCAUUACAACCAGAGUUUAUUGAAAAUAAUUGGGAAUUUCUAUAUCAGUUAUUUGAACGAAGAUUUAACGGAAGCACCGUUUUAUUAACUCACGUGCCGUUAUACAAAGAAGAAGGUCUAUGUGUCGAUGGUCCUCUAUUUAGAUAUUACCCAGAUGACUACAAACCAGAACCAUAUAAGAAAAACCUCUUAAGGUCUCAAAAUCAUCUUGGAGAAGCAGUAACCAAUAAAGUCUUGAAUUUGGUUUUCGAUAAUGAUAAGCCUGGCAUUAUCUUGAAUGGACACGAUCAUGAAGGAUGUGAAACUAGUUAUAAUAGAAUCAAUGGGACAUGGUUUGCUACGAGGGAUGUAGAUCAAACUUCUGACUUCCAUGUUAAGGAAUAUACUGUUAGGUCAAUGAUGGGCGAAUUCAAUGGUAACACGGGAUUAGUUACAGGUCAUUUCGAUAAAAAUACUAUGACCUGGAACUGGUAUUUUACACUUUGCCCCUUUGGCCUUCAACAUUUUUGGUGGUUUGCUAAAGCAUCCGCUAUUAUUACCGGGUUUGUCUGGUCCCUGGUAUUUCUCAUUUAA